CCCGGUCGGGUGUUUGUGAGUGUUUCUAUGUGGGAGAAGGAGGAGGAGGAGGAAGAAGAAGCAGCGAUUUGUCUUCUCGGCUGGUCUCCCCCCGGCUCUACAUGUUCCCCGCACUGAGGAGACGGAAGAGGAGCCGUAGCCACCCCCCCUCCCGGCCCGGAUUAUAGUCUCUCGCCACAGCGGCCUCGGCCUCCCCUUGGAUUCAGACGCCGAUUCGCCCAGUGUUUGGGAAAUGGGAAGUAAUGACAGCUGGCACCUGAACUAAGUACUUUCAUAGGCAGCACCAUUCCAGAACUUCAGGAUGAAUGGGGAUAUGCCCCAUGUCCCCAUCACUACUCUUGCGGGGAUUGCUAGUCUCACAGACCUCCUGAACCAGCUGCCUCUUCCAUCCCCUUUACCUGCUACAACUACAAAGAGCCUUCUCUUUAAUGCACGAAUAGCAGAAGAGGUGAACUGCCUUUUGGCCUGUAGGGAUGAUAAUUUGGUUUCACAGCUUGUCCAUAGCCUCAACCAGGUAUCAACAGAUCACAUAGAGUUGAAAGAUAACCUUGGCAGUGAUGAUCCAGAAGGCGACAUACCAGUCUUGUUGCAGGCCAUCCUGGCGAGGAGUCCUAAUGUUUUCAGGGAGAAAAGUAUGCAGAACAGAUAUGUACAAAGUGGAAUGAUGAUGUCUCAGUAUAAACUUUCUCAGAAUUCCAUGCACAGUAGUCCUGCAUCUUCCAAUUAUCAACAAACCACUAUCUCACAUAGCCCCUCCAGCCGGUUUGUGCCACCACAGACAAGCUCUGGGAACAGAUUUAUGCCACAACAAAACAGCCCAGUGCCUAGUCCAUAUGCCCCACAAAGCCCUGCAGGAUACAUGCCAUAUUCCCAUCCUUCAAGUUAUACAACACAUCCACAAAUGCAGCAAGCAUCGGUAUCAAGUCCCAUUGUUGCAGGUGGUUUGAGAAACCUACAUGAUAAAGUUUCUGGUUCGUUGUCUGGCAAUUCUGCUAAUCAUCAUGCUGAUAAUCCUAGACAUGGCUCAAGUGACGACUACCUACACAUGGUGCACAGGCUAAGUAGUGACGAUGGAGAUUCUUCAACAAUGAGGAAUGCUGCAUCUUUUCCCUUGAGGUCUCCACAGCCAGUAUGUUCCCCUGCUGGAAGUGAUGGAACUCCAAAAGGAUCAAGACCACCUUUAAUCCUACAGUCUCAGUCUCUACCUUGCUCAUCACCUCGAGAUGUUCCACCAGACAUCUUGUUAGAUUCUCCAGAAAGAAAACAAAAGAAGCAAAAGAAAAUGAAAUUAGGCAAGGAUGAAAAAGACCAGAGUGAGAAAGCUGCAAUGUAUGAUAUCAUUAGCUCUCCAUCCAAGGACUCUACUAAACUUACAUUAAGACUUUCUCGAGUAAGGUCUUCAGACAUGGACCAGCAAGAGGAUAUGCUUUCUGGUAUGGAAAAUAGCAAUGUUUCAGAAAAUGAUAUUCCUUUUAAUGUGCAGUACCCAGGACAGACUUCAAAAACACCCAUUACUCCACAGGAUGUAAACCGCCCACUAAAUGCUGCUCAGUGUUUGUCGCAGCAAGAACAAACAGCAUUCCUUCCAGCAAAUCAAGUGCCUGUUUUACAGCAGAACACUUCAGUUGCUACAAAACAGCCCCAGACUUCUGUGGUACAGAAUCAGCAACAGGUAUCACAACAGGGACCUAUAUAUGACGAAGUGGAAUUGGAUGCAUUGGCUGAAAUUGAGCGAAUAGAGAGAGAAUCGGCUAUUGAAAGGGAGCGCUUUUCAAAAGAAGUUCAAGAUAAAGAUAAGCCUUUGAAAAAAAGAAAACAAGAUUCUUACCCACAGGAGGCUGGGGGUGCUACAGGAGGUAAUAGACCAGCUUCUCAGGAGACGGGUUCUACGGGAAAUGGGUCAAGGCCAGCAUUAAUGGUUAGCAUUGAUCUUCAUCAGGCAGGAAGAGUGGACUCUCAGGCCUCUGUAACUCAGGAUUCAGACUCCAUAAAAAAGCCUGAAGAAAUCAAACAAUGUAAUGAUGCACCUAUUUCUGUUCUUCAGGAAGAUAUUAUUGGAAAUCUUAAAUCUACACCAGAAAACCAUCCUGAGACUCCUAAAAAAAAGUCUGAUCCUGAGCUUUUAAAGAGUGAAGUGAAACAAAACGAAAGUAGAUUGGCAGAGUCUAAACCAAAUGAAAACAGAUUGGUAGAGACAAAAUCUAGUGAAAGUAAGAUAGAAGCUAAAAUUGAGAUACAAACAGAAGAACCUAAACAGAGUGAGAGCAGAAUGAUUGAAUCCAGACAAAAUGAGAGCACCACAGCUGAGCCUAAACAGAAUGAAAACAGAGUGUCUGACACAAAGUUAAAUGACAGCAAACAAAAUAAUGGCAGAUCAGAAACAACAAAGUCAAGACCCGAAACCCCAAAGCAAAAGGGUGAAAGCCGACCUGAAACUCCAAAACAAAAGAGUGAUGGGCAUCCUGAAACCCCAAAACAAAAGGGUGAUGGACGGCCUGAAACUCCAAAGCAGAAAGGUGAGGGCCGACCUGAAACUCCAAAGCAAAAAACUGAAGGUCGGCCUGAAACACCAAAACAUAGGCAUGAAAAUAGGAGGGAUUCUGGAAAGCCAUCAACAGAGAAAAAACCUGAAGUGUCUAAACAUAAACAGGACAUUAAAUCUGAUUCACCUCGGUUAAAAUCAGAAAGAGCUGAAGCCUUAAAGCAGAGACCUGAUGGGCGAUCUAUUUCUGAGUCACUAAGACGUGACCAUGAUAGUAAACAAAAGUCAGAUGACAGGAGUGAAUCUGAGCGACAUCGGGGUGAUCAGUCUAGGGUUCGAAGACCAGAAACAUUGAGAUCCUCUAGUAGAAAUGAACAUGGCAUUAAAUCUGAUGGUUCAAAACCUGAUAAAAUAGAAAGAAAACACAGACAUGAAUCAGGGGACUCACGGGAAAGACCAUCUUCUGGGGAGCAGAAAGCAAGACCUGACAGUCCUCGUGUUAAACAAGGAGAUUCUAAUAAAUCAAGACCUGAUAAGCCUGGUUUUAAAUCACCAAAUAGUAAAGAUGACAAAAGGACAGAGGGUAACAGGAGUAAAGUAGACAGUAAUAAAACACACCCUGACAAUAAGGCAGAAUUUCCAAGUUAUUUGUUGGGGGGCAGGUCUGGUGCAUUGAAAAAUUUUGUCAUUCCAAAAAUCAAGAGGGAUAAAGAUGGCAAUAUUACUCAGGAGACAAAGAAAAUGGAAAUGAAAGGAGAGCAGAAAGACAAAGUAGAAAAAAUGGGAUUAGUUGAAGAUCUAAAUAAAGGAGCUAAGCCUGUAGUAGUCCUGCAAAAACUGUCUUUGGAUGAUGUUCAGAAACUUAUUAAAGAUAGAGAGGAUAAAUCAAGAAGUUCCCUUAAACCUAUCAAGAAUAAACCAUCAAAGUCAAAUAAAGGUAGUAUAGAUCAAUCAGUGUUAAAAGAAUUACCCCCCGAACUCCUGGCAGAAAUUGAAUCCACCAUGCCACUUUGUGAACGUGUGAAAAUGAAUAAACGCAAGCGUAGCACAGUUAAUGAAAAACCAAAGUAUGCUGAAAUCAGUUCAGAUGAAGAUAAUGAUAGUGAUGAAGCUUUUGAAUCCUCUAGGAAGCGACAUAAAAAAGAUGAUGAUAAAGCUUGGGAAUAUGAAGAGCGUGACAGAAGAAGCUCUGGGGAUCAUAGGAGAAGUGGCCAUUCUCAUGAAGGAAGAAGGAGUUCAGGUGGUCGUUAUCGAAACCGAAGCCCGUCAGAUUCUGACAUGGAAGAUUAUUCUCCUCCUCCCAGCCUUAGUGAGGUUGCUAGAAAAAUGAAGAAAAAAGAAAAACAGAAGAAGCGGAAAGCUUAUGAACCAAAAUUAACACCUGAAGAAAUGAUGGAUUCUUCAACUUUUAAGAGAUUCACAGCCUCAAUAGAGAAUAUUUUGGAUAAUUUAGAAGAUAUGGAUUUUACUGCAUUUGGUGACGAUGAUGAAAUUCCUCAGGAACUGCUGUUAGGAAAACAUCAGCUUAACGAACUUGGCAGUGAAUCUGCUAAAAUUAAAGCAAUGGGUAUAAUGGAUAAGCUUUCCACUGACAAAACUGUGAAAGUCCUAAAUAUCUUGGAAAAGAAUAUUCAAGAUGGGUCAAAGCUCUCCACUUUGUUAAAUCAUAAUAAUGAUACUGAAGAAGAAGAAAGGUUAUGGAGAGACCUUAUUAUGGAGAGAGUGACAAAAUCAGCAGAUGCCUGUCUUACAACUAUCAACAUUAUGACAUCCCCUAACAUGCCAAAAGCUGUAUAUAUUGAGGAUGUAAUCGAAAGAGUUAUACAGUACACUAAAUUUCAUUUGCAGAAUACACUUUAUCCUCAGUAUGAUCCUGUUUACAGAUUAGAUCCUCAUGGAGGAGGCUUAUUAAGUUCAAAGGCAAAACGGGCUAAAUGUUCUACCCAUAAGCAGAGAGUAAUAGUAAUGCUUUAUAAUAAAGUUUGUGACAUUGUUAGCAGCUUAUCAGAACUACUAGAAAUACAGCUUCUUACAGACACAACAAUUCUUCAGGUGUCAUCAAUGGGAAUAACACCAUUUUUUGUGGAAAAUGUCAGUGAAUUACAGUUGUGUGCCAUUAAGUUAGUCACUGCAGUAUUCUCAAGAUAUGAAAAGCAUAGGCAGUUAAUUUUGGAAGAAAUUUUUACUUCACUUGCAAGAUUACCUACCAGCAAGAGGAGCUUAAGGAACUUCAGGUUAAACAGUAGUGAUAUGGAUGGAGAGCCUAUGUAUAUUCAGAUGGUUACAGCACUGGUUUUACAACUAAUUCAGUGUGUGGUACACUUACCAUCAUCAGAGAAGGACUCUAAUUCAGAAGAGGACUCAAAUAAAAAAGUUGACCAAGAUGUUGUCAUUACCAAUUCUUAUGAAACAGCCAUGCGAACAGCCCAAAACUUCCUUUCCAUCUUCCUUAAAAAAUGUGGUAGUAAGCAAGGUGAAGAAGAUUACAGACCACUAUUUGAAAAUUUUGUUCAAGACCUUCUUUCAACAGUCAAUAAGCCUGAAUGGCCAGCUGCUGAACUACUCCUUAGUUUGUUAGGGAGACUGUUGGUUCAUCAAUUCAGUAACAAGUCAACAGAGAUGGCUUUAAGAGUGGCAUCUCUUGAUUACCUUGGAACUGUUGCUGCACGACUGAGGAAAGAUGCUGUUACAAGCAAAAUGGAUCAAGGGUCUAUAGAACGAAUUUUAAAACAGGUUUCAGGAGGAGAAGAUGAAAUCCAACAGUUGCAAAAAGCAUUGCUUGAUUACUUGGAUGAAAACACUGAGACUGAUCCUUCAUUAGUGUUUUCUCGUAAAUUCUAUAUAGCCCAGUGGUUCCGUGAUACAACUCUGGAAACAGAAAAAGCAAUGAAAUCACAAAAAGAUGACGAAUCAUCUGAAGGAACACAUCACGCAAAGGAAGUUGAGACAACUGGUCAAAUUAUGCAUCGAGCUGAAAAUCGGAAAAAGUUUCUUAGAAGCAUUAUCAAAACCACACCUUCUCAGUUCAGUACAUUAAAGAUGAACUCUGAUACUGUGGACUAUGAUGAUGCUUGUUUGAUUGUUCGAUACUUGGCCUCUAUGAGGCCGUUUGCCCAGAGCUUUGAUAUUUAUUUGACACAGAUCCUUCGAGUUCUUGGUGAAAAUGCAAUUGCCGUUCGAACAAAAGCCAUGAAGUGUUUGUCUGAGGUUGUUGCUGUAGACCCCAGUAUUCUAGCAAGGCUGGAUAUGCAGCGAGGAGUUCAUGGACGAUUGAUGGAUAACUCCACUAGUGUCAGAGAAGCAGCAGUAGAAUUACUAGGUCGAUUUGUCCUUUGUCGACCUCAGCUUGCUGAGCAGUAUUAUGAUAUGCUGAUUGAAAGAAUAUUGGAUACUGGUAUCAGUGUCAGAAAAAGGGUAAUAAAGAUUCUAAGAGACAUCUGUAUUGAACAACCAACAUUUCCAAAAAUUACAGAAAUGUGUGUAAAAAUGAUUCGCAGAGUGAAUGAUGAAGAGGGCAUUAAGAAAUUAGUAAAUGAAACAUUCCAAAAACUCUGGUUUACUCCAACUCCACACAAUGACAAAGAAGCAAUGACAAGGAAAAUUUUAAAUAUCACUGAUGUGGUUGCAGCAUGCAGAGAUACUGGCUAUGACUGGUUUGAGCAACUUCUUCAAAACUUGUUGAAGUCUGAAGAGGAUUCCUCAUAUAAACCUGUGAAGAAAGCUUGUACUCAACUUGUUGAUAACCUAGUUGAGCACAUUCUUAAAUAUGAGGAAUCUCUAGCUGACUCUGACAAUAAAGGUGUGAAUUCUGGACGAUUGGUAGCUUGCAUAACCACUUUGUUCUUAUUCAGCAAAAUAAGACCCCAGCUCAUGGUUAAACAUGCCAUGACUAUGCAACCAUAUCUUACCACUAAAUGUAGUACACAAAAUGAUUUCAUGGUUAUCUGCAAUGUUGCAAAAAUCCUAGAGCUGGUUGUACCACUGAUGGAGCAUCCGAGUGAAACUUUCCUUGCCACUAUUGAAGAAGAUCUAAUGAAGCUUAUCAUCAAAUAUGGCAUGACUGUAGUGCAACAUUGUGUAAGCUGUCUUGGGGCAGUUGUAAAUAAAGUGACACAAAAUUUUAAAUUUGUGUGGGCCUGUUUCAAUAGAUACUAUGGUGCCAUUUCAAAAUUAAAAAGUCAGCACCAAGAGGACCCAAAUAACACUUCACUGCUAACAAACAAACCAGCACUUCUUAGAUCCCUUUUCACUGUUGGAGCACUAUGUCGGCAUUUUGAUUUUGAUCUGGAAGAUUUUAAAGGCAACAGUAAGGUUAACAUAAAGGAUAAGGUACUUGAACUAUUGAUGUAUUUCACAAAGCAUUCAGAUGAAGAAGUACAAACAAAAGCUAUCAUUGGUUUAGGAUUUGCCUUUAUUCAGCAUCCAAGUCUAAUGUUUGAGCAAGAGGUGAAAAAUCUAUACAAUAAUAUUUUAUCUGAUAAAAACUCCUCAGUAAAUUUAAAAAUACAGGUGUUAAAAAACCUCCAGACCUACCUACAAGAAGAAGAUACACGUAUGCAGCAGGCAGAUAGAGACUGGAAGAAGGUUGCAAAACAGGAAGAUUUAAAAGAAAUGGGUGAUGUUUCCUCAGGGAUGAGUAGUUCCAUCAUGCAGCUUUACCUCAAACAGGUGCUUGAGGCGUUUUUUCACACCCAAUCAAGUGUACGCCACUUUGCCCUAAAUGUCAUUGCAUUGACUCUAAACCAAGGUCUUAUUCAUCCAGUUCAGUGUGUACCAUAUUUAAUUGCUAUGGGCACAGACCCAGAACCAGCUAUGCGGAACAAGGCUGAUCAGCAGCUUGUGGAAAUAGACAAAAAAUAUGCUGGAUUUAUUCAUAUGAAAGCGGUUGCUGGUAUGAAGAUGUCUUACCAGGUACAACAGGCAAUCAAUACAUGCCUAAAAGAUCCUGUAAGAGGGUUCAGACAAGAUGAGUCCUCUAGUGCUUUGUGUUCACACCUUUACUCCAUGAUCCGUGGAAACCGCCAACACAGACGAGCCUUUCUAAUUUCUUUACUCAACCUGUUUGAUGACACAGCAAAAACAGAAGUGAAUAUGCUCUUGUAUAUAGCAGACAAUCUAGCCUGUUUUCCAUACCAGACACAGGAAGAGCCGUUGUUUAUAAUGCAUCAUAUAGACAUUACACUCUCAGUUUCUGGUAGUAACCUACUGCAGUCAUUCAAGGAGUCUAUGGUAAAAGACAAAAGGAAAGAGAGAAAAUCAUCUCCUGGUAAGGAAAAUGAGUCAAGCGAGAGUGAAGAAGAAGUCUCCAGGCCUCGGAAAUCACGGAAACGUGUAGAUUCAGAUUCAGAUUCAGAUUCAGAAGAUGAUAUAAAUUCAGUGAUGAAAUGUUUGCCAGAAAAUUCAGCUCCUUUAAUUGAGUUUGCAAAUGUCUCCCAGGGUAUUUUAUUGCUUCUGAUGUUAAAACAACAUUUGAAGAAUCUCUGUGGAUUUUCUGAUAGUAAAAUUCAGAAAUACUCUCCAUCUGAAUCUGCAAAAGUGUAUGAUAAAGCGAUAAACCGAAAAACAGGAGUUCAUUUUCAUCCCAAACAAACACUGGACUUCCUGCGGAGUGAUAUGGCUAAUUCCAAAAUCACUGAAGAUGUGAAGAGGAGUAUAGUAAAACAGUAUCUAGAUUUCAAACUUCUCAUGGAACAUCUGGACCCUGAUGAAGAGGAAGAAGAAGGGGAGGUGUCAGCUAGCACAAAUGCUCGGAACAAAGCAAUUACCUCGCUGCUUGGAGGAGGCAGCCCUAAAAAUAAUGCAGCAGCAGAGACAGAAGAUGAUGAAAGUGAUGGGGAGGAUAGAGGAGGAGGCACUUCAGGGGUGAGGCGGAGGAGGAGUCAACGUAUUUCGCAGCGUAUUACGUAAAAUGAUUUUUAUGUGCUUAUAUAUGUCAGUCUAUUAAAUGUACACCAAGUAAUGUAAUACUUAUGAGAGAAAACAUUUUGUAGAUAGAAAUUCUCUACUUAUCCAUUUAUACAUCAUUUUGUAGAAAGUUUAACAUAAAAGACAAUAAAAAAGAAAAAAACAGAAAUGAGAUUUAUCCAGCAUAAAGGGUUAUUAAUUUUUCUUUGGAUUGUAUUAAUGUGUGUUAUCCUUUUUUAUUGUUGAUAAGUUUUAUGUAGCUUUAUGGUUCAUAUGUAUAUAUAAUUUUAUAUAUCAAUAAGAGUAAAGACACGGGUACAAAUUAAGAGUUACAUGGUUUUACAAGUAUAUGUUAACCCCUUGGCGCUGGCGGUCACGGUGCGUCUCAUUGCCGGCAAUGGAAGUGUGCUGGGAAAUCCCAACUCCCGGCGUCAAGGGAUUAAAAGCAAUAAAAACAAUAAUUUCACUAAAAUUAUUUUGUGUAACACUUGGUCUUUUUUCCCCCCUCCCAAUG